CCUGCCGCUUUCUGCCGCGGCGUCCCACUCUUCCGGCUUCGAGUUCCAUCCGCCGCCUCCACCUUCCGCGCAGCGCAGGCUGUGGGCGCGAGGGUAGCUGGGUUCUACCGUCGCGCGGCCCUCGCGGCGCCCGAGCCCGCAAUGUCGGGCCCCAACGGGGACCUGGGCGUGCCGGUGGAGACGGGGGCGGAAGGCGAGGACGACGGCUUCGCGGAAGCAGAAUAUGCUGCCAUCAACUCCAUGUUGGACCAGAUCAACUCCUGUCUAGACCACCUAGAGGAGAAGAACGACUACCUCCAUGCCCGCCUCCAGGAGCUGCUUGAGUCCAACCGGCAGACACGCCUUGAGUUCCAGCAGCAGCUUGGGGAGGCCCCUAGUGAUGCCAGUCCCUAGGUUCUGGGAGCCCCCAACCAGCCCAAACCCUGCCUCCCUGGGCUAGGCUCUGGCCUGGGCACUCACCACCUGGCUUAGAUACCUUCUCAAGGGCUGGCCUACAGGUCCCCUGGUGGGUCUGCCUGCCUCAGUCACCCUUCCGGUACUCCCCUUGGCAUGCCUGGGCCAGCCCCCACCACCCGACAUCCCCUCCUGGGGUCAGGUGUGGGCCCACGACCCACCCACUUAGCCUGCCUGCCCAGUUCUGGGGCACUCCCCACUCUGCCCAGGCCUUGAGCGUCCAUAUUAAACGGGUCUCCAACAGCACUGUGCCUCUCCUCUGUAUCCUGGGUGAGGACUCCACUGGCCCUCACAGGUGAACAGGGCAGUGGAGGCAUUCCAGGCACUGAUCAUGUGCUGGUGACUCACGGGCCUGCUGGUAGGGUAGGGGUUCUUGGCCUUGUAUUUCUGGACACACAGGGAGCCGGUGAGGCAGGGCUUCCUCCCUACCUGGUGCCUUCCUGGACAGCAGCAGAUUCCCCAGCCCAGUUGAGAGCAUGGGACGUGCUGUGUGACCCUGUGGAUACACUCAGCUUCUCUGGGACCUAGGGUCUUUCCCUACGACAGCCAACUCCUGUUCAUGCUGUGUAA